AUGGUCACAAAGCUUACAUUUAAAGGCGAGAAAAGAGCAAAAAGUCGACCUGAUGGCGACAAAAAACGCCACAAGAAGCGAGAAUCUACUCCUGUGGAGGCCGAUAGCGUCAAAAUGGUGCACGCCAACGGAGUUCUAACUGAGAUAUCAGACAUCCCAAAAGAUUUUUUGGAGUACGGGUGGACGGUUGCCAGUACGGGUAAAGAUUUGAACGGCCCAAUGAUCUUAUGUUUUGAUAGAAAGGGUCAGUACGGGAUGUUUUCAUUCAACCAGGAAAGUGGCAUGAUCGUUAGCGCCGACGACGAGAUAGACGUUGCGGAAGAGGCUAUCAACUUUGUUGAUUUUGUUCCCCAAACUCCGCUUUUCAAGUUCGAACCAACACAAGUGACGCAAGUGUUUGUUGCUGUGGACAUUCGGAACUUCAUCAAGCUUACACAGAAAGAACAGGAACAACCGGAGACGAUAACUCGGCUGGCUCUGAAAAAUAAUGAGGGGAAGUACUUGUCGCUGGAUGCCGAGACAAACUCGCUGGUCCAGACAGAUGUGCUCACCGAAAACGCAAUCUUUAACUUUAAUGCGCACGGUUCAGAGAAAGGAACGCAAUUUUUGAUAUCGGUAGGACCUUUGGAAGCCAAAAACAAGCUGAUUAUUACUGAUGAGCUUAAAUUCCGCAUCAUCCAGGACUCCGAUGAUUUACUGGACGAUCUAAACGCAUUUCAUAUUCGCAUACAAACCAAAAACUCCACCAUGGGACUGAGUAUUCUAUCUUCCGCGGACGGAACAAUCAGCCAGGCUACAGAUAGUGUCGUAGAUUUUAGACAGACGCAGGUCAACAGAGCAGUCAAAGAAUUGAUGAAAGCCGGUAUCAAGGUGAACAACUCCUUGCUUGCCAAAAUCAAACAUGCCGUCGACGAAGGGUACCUGAACGAGUUCCUCAUCACCGUCAAGGAGAAGGUGAAAACAGACCGUCGAGCCUGA